ACUGGCAUACCGUGAUUCGUUACGAUCUCCAUCGUCCUCUGACUCGUACCGGACCUCAGUCAUCAGCGAAGUCACGAUACGACAAGUGCUAGUGCAGUGCGGACUAGCAGAGUCAUUUUUGAUUCUGUGACAGAUCGACUGGCUCUUCAAGAGGCCUCGACCUGAUCAAUCGCGAAUUUAAUUUAUUUCAAAAAGAGGAAGAAAGAGAGAACCGCCCGCGAGGGUGGUCGCGUGCCGGCUGACCGAACCGUCGUCGGGCGAGCACGCGGUAGAGGAACCCACAAGCCAUUUUAUAGCCCGUCUUAUUACCUAAGUUUAUUACAUCGUAACGGUUUAACGAUCAUCGCCUGUUUCCAUAGUCGAGACCACCAGUUUAUGCUUUGCCCGUAGCAGUAACCAUAACAAGAUCAUAAAAGCUCCCGCCGUUGACAUGAAACCCAUUCUGAAUUACACUCUUACGGCCUACUGACAUUGACACUCCGGGUGUAACCAGCUAUACCUGCCGAUGACUUUUAUGACCUCUUAAAAUUGUUUAAUGCUCGUUUAUUUGCCCCUCAUCAAUCUUAUCAUCUUUCGCCAUUCGCGUCAAACAGCAUAUCGCUUUCUUAAGUGUAUGUGUAUCUUAACUCGGAACAUAAUACAAAAUCGGAGAUUUUACAUCUAUUUAAUUUGAAGAAGUUAAAUAAUCGGAAUAAUUCGGCAUCAAAGUUGGAGUACGGACUAGUAAAAUUCGACUAGCCGUGUGCACUCCAUGUAAUUGCGGGCCGUUUGAACUCUGACUUCUUUCUUCGCCUUUUUUGAGUGCCGGUGUUUUAGUGCAAGUGAUCCAAAAUACCCGGGAUAAUGAACUCGUACUUUGAGCAAACCGCGGGUGGCUUCUACGGAAGCCACCAUCAUCAAACAGGAGCGGCAAGUCAGCAUCAUGAUCCAGCCACCGCAGCAGCAUAUCGAAGCUUUCCACUCGGAUUAGGUAUGUCGCCUUACGCUUCGGCGCAGCAUCAUCAUCACACAUCAUCUUCGUUAGGAAUACACCCAGGCGGUGGAAGCAAUACAAGACCACCUCAAGACUCGCCAUAUGACGCGAGCGUUGCGACGGCUUGCAAGCUUUACUCGACGACACCUGAAGCAACUGGUCACACCACAUCUUCAUAUUCAACAACGGCAACGAAAGACUGUAAGCAACAGGAUCAAACGUCGACCCAUCAAAACGGCUAUGCUGCGGUGAUGGCAGCGGCGGCGGUCAAGGACGUUUGGCAGUCAGCGACCUCGGGAGCGAACAGCCAGAGUAAUUCGGUCGUACGUCCCUCUGCGUGUACCCCAGAGAGUACAAGGGUUAGUAGCUACGGUGGUCUCGUAGGCGGUGAUCCAGCAUCGAGUCCUGGUAACAACAGUUCGUCAAGAUCCCUCACGUCGUCUUGGAACACCUGCAGUUUAAACUCGUCCGCGAGUCAACCGGUCGCCACGCAACUACAUCAGCAACCUACCACCAACCAUACUUUCUACCCCUGGAUGGCUAUAGCAGUUGCAGGGGCGAACGGAAUGCGCAGGCGCGGCCGACAGACCUAUACGCGCUACCAAACUCUGGAGCUGGAGAAGGAAUUCCACACGAAUCAUUAUCUUACCAGGCGGAGGCGAAUCGAGAUGGCACACGCGCUCUGUCUGACAGAACGGCAAAUCAAGAUUUGGUUCCAGAAUCGGCGAAUGAAGUUGAAGAAGGAGAUUCAGGCGAUCAAGGAGCUAAAUGAGCAGGAGAAGCAGGCGCAGGCGCAAAAGGCGGCAGCGGCAGCGGCGGCGGUUGCGCAUCAGCAACAAGGAGGCGGUGGGGGACCAGAGGGGGGCAACUAGGGGUACGCCCUGCAUCGGAGCCCCCCUGACCACCCCACCGCCAAUCCACACCACCCUCUACUAGCACCGCAAUGUACACAGCUAUAUUAAAGGUGAGUGGCAGGCUGCACCCGCUGUCUCUGCAAUGCCAAAUAGAUGGUCGAUGUGCGUAUCUGUCGAUCGUCAAUUUAUCGGUUGCGGCGAAUCGGAUGCUGCACCCGGUGAGUGACGAACCUUCCCCACCAUGGCUACCUCCCGUAGCUCACUUUGACCGAUAUGCUCCCAGACCAAUCAGUAUCCAAGUACACAGUAUCAUCCAUAUAAGCCUAGCUCUGUUGUAGUCGUUCCCCUUUCUGGUCUCUCUACCUGUAGUUUCUGCUUUGGUGCAGUAGCAUGUAGAUAGGGGAUUGAAUUAUCGAGGGUGGCCAAUCAGCCGCGGAUCCGGGGUGUCGUUUGCGAAAAAUCGACCGAAAACAGAGUCACAUUCUCCCGAUGUGCAUUGCGAUAGGUUGUACACAACUUAGAAACUGAGAUACGUAACGAAAAGGCUACAACUAUUUAUAGGGUUAAUAUAUAGGACGUAAAAAGCAUCUAACUCUAUCGAUGGGUGAGAUUGAGUCGAUGUUAACUAUUAGUUCGCGACGAACUUAACGGAGGCAUGACUCUUUAUCAUAAUUCAAUGUACAAAACUGCUAUUAGCACGGUUCUCCUCAUUUUCCAUUGCUUAAUAUAUUUUCUCUCGAAAAUGCGCACUCGAUACAAUCUCGCAAGAAAGAGUGAGAGAGAAAAAAAAGAGAGGAAAUAAACUAGACCGAUUUUAUCUGUUAAUGUUAUGUUUUUGUUAUUUUUUUAUUAUUUGCGAGCAAUGAGAGAGUGCGUUUAUAUUGUUACCACUUUCGCUUUGCUAAUAGUAAUUUU